AUGGCCUUCCGACCGCUCCUACGGCAGCGCGCCGUCGUGCCUGCGACGUCCGCAAUCCUUGCCGCCGGCCUUUCGCUCUACCCGCUCCGCAACGUCCACGCCGAGGCUCCCCAGGCAUCAGAAAGCCAAUUCGAGAGGGACCUCCGCAAGCCCAUCUACGACGACUUUGCGCCUGUGCCCGCCGAGCCCGUCAGCCCACCCAAGGCCGCCCCCAAGCCGUCGACGCCCACCUACACCGACCGUCUGGCCGCUCAGAUUGCCCAGGCCCGCCUGUUCCUGCACGGAUAUGCCGCCAAGUCCGAAGACAAGGUCAACGCGGGGCUGACCGAGGCCCUGCGCCUGGAGAACUCGUUCACCAGCACCAUCGCGUCGCUGGCUCCGCCCAAGGAGUCGGGCGAGAAGGUCAUGCCCGGCGCCAUCUACGUCCUCGUCUCGGCCAUGGCCGGCAGCAUCGUCACCCGCAACCGCAACAUCCUGCUCCGUUCGACCGUGCCCGUCGCCGUCGGCAUCGUCGCUUCGUGGGCCAUCCUCCCCAUCACCUCGAGGAACGUCGGUGACCUGCUCUGGACCUACGAGGAGCGCUACCCCGUCAUUGCCGAGAACCACCUCAGGGCCAAGGAGCGUGUCACCAGAUUUGUGCAGACGGGCAUUGCGCACAGCAAGAUGACGGCCGGCAUGCUGGAGGACAAGAUCGGCGAGGCCAGGGAAGCCGUCGAGGACUGGGUGAGGAAGGGCAAAUAA